AUGAAACCGCAACAAGAAGUAUUUAUUCUUGAAGGUGCAGAAAAAGAAACUGAAACACCAAGGAGAAAAAGGAAAAAUAAAGCAAAAGAAGUAGCUCAAAAAUUAAGAAAUAGCGGCAAAGAGUAUGUAAGUGUUAAAACCGGAAACUUAGCAGCAGCGAAAAAAAUACAUGGACGAUGUAAUGCGGACAAGUGUAGAGGUAUGGGUAAACAGUGUGGAGAAAUUCCGGAUGAAGAAAGGAAGAAAAUUUUUGACCAAGACCACGGUUUGGGAAACCUCACUAGAUAG